AUGGGUUCAACGAAUCCAACCUUCGCAGUUGGGGACCAUGAGGCUUUCAUGGAAUUCGCUCUCAUUCAGGCACAAAAAUCACCGCCAGCUGCCAACAAAUUCUGCGUCGGAGCCAUACUUGUCGACGGCGCUAACGGCAAGAUCCUAUCAACAGGGCACUCGCUUGAAUACCCGCGAGAUUACAAUGGAGACCUAGGCACCACGCACGCAGAGCAGUGUUGUUUCAUCAAGAUCGCCGAUGAAUACAACCUCUCUGAGGAACGCAUCCAUGAGGUCCUUCCGGAUAACACGGUACUGUACACGACUAUGGAGCCAUGCAACGAAAGACUUAGCGGCAACAUGAACUGCGCGACCAGGAUCUUGAGGCUUAGGAGCGCCAUCAAGACUGUCUACGUUGGAAUCAAAGAGCCAGGGACAUUUAUCCCACACAAUGAUGGGCAGCAAAGGCUAGAGACGAACGGGGUCAAGGUCGUAUUCCCUGUUGAACAUUGGCGUGAUAGGAUCACCAAGGUCUCAAUGACUGGACAUUGA